AUCUCUCUGUAUGCCGCAAUGUUGAUGGAGAAUCGCUGGAGCAAGAAAAAGUUGUACCUACAGACGGCUAUACAGUUGGCGCGUCCGUCGGUAAACGAUCGAUUCACUAACACUCUUUACUUAUGAUUCCGCCGCACUCCAGAUAUCCAAGCAGGAAAGCAUUAUUGACUAAGCAUAAGUACCCCAUGAUUACGUGUUACCGUGUUAGCCAACGUUGAGUCAUACCUCCCGUGUUCCGCAUAUUCACGAUAAAUUAUGAAGAAUCACAGCUUUUUUCCCGAGCAAAUGGCUGCGGUCUCGUCUGCGUGAAGUGUCAUUUCCUUCCCAUGAUUCCAUCAACAUAUUCGACAAAAUUACAAACCAUUUCUCGACCGUCAAGGUUGUUUAUUUUUCUGUUCUGUUGCCAGUUUGAUGAUAUUCUAAAACUAGAUGUAAUUGUAGAUGUAAUCGACAGUGAGAUGUAAUUGUGGAGGAUUCUAAUUGUCAUGCUAUACAAGCCUCAUGAAAAAUGCUUGAUUCGCCGCGUUGUGGGUAAUGCGAAAAUACCAUGGGCGGUUUGUAUUCGAGCGAGCGCGGAGCCUGUGCAUGUUUGUUCAGCCACAAAAUCACCCCCGCUUCGGAGAAUGCCGAUGUGAUUAUUAUUGAUAACGGGAAAAUUCGCACCGACAAUCCCGUAUCCAACGGUCGGAACGCUGUCCUGCAUCCGGCCAUCAACAACCCGGCCGGUCACAUCCCGAUUGCGCCGUUAGCCUAUGUUAAUGCAGCCUCCGUAGGAUCGGAUAUUUUUGAGAAAUUCACCAAAUACACAUGCCCCAUGUGCCUUGUCGUCAUUGGCCUGGAUGAUGCGGGUAAAACGUCCUUUGCCCAGACCGUUAUGCACCGUCAUCCGCCGCGCGGCCGUAAUCCCAUUCGGGAAAGCCGUGCGGAGAAUGUCAUGGAAGAUCCGAAGCCGACGCUGGGCUUUUCCAAGGAGCGGCUGUGUUUCCGCAAGCACGAUGUGGUCCUGCAUGAUCUGGGUGGCCGCGCGACAAUCCGCGGCAUUUGGCGGAAUUAUUUUGCUGAAGCGCACGGCAUUGUGCUGGUGGUGGAUGCGUCGAUGCACGUUACCAGCCCCAAAUGGGAUGAGCUCAAUCAAGUGUUGAGUUCCUUAACGGAAACCGAAUUGGUCGGUCUGCAGGGCAAACCAACUGUGAUCCUAUUAAACAAACAGGAUGUAAAACCCAAUAUUAAUGAAAGUGAGCUGCAAGCACGCGUUGACAUUAAAGAGUUUCUUGAGAAAUACUCCAUUCCCUACAAAGUCUUCCCCGUCUGUAUCCGCGAAAAAGAACUAAUUCGAUCAGCACCCAUGAAACGACAGCUGUGCUGGAAAAAUCUCGAAGAAUCUCUAAUGUGGAUUGUUCGGCGCAUUGAGGACAGUUACCCGUCACUGCAUAUGAAAGUCCAACUGGAUUCCCGGCAUCAAAUUGAACAGGAGGAAGAGGAGCGCCAGGAAAGGAUGUUGCGUUUUAAAGCGGCGCGUGAAGCCGCGGAGAAUGACGCAGCGGAUGAUGAUGAUAAUAUUGUACCGGAAACCUUUAUUCCCUUAGCCGAACACCUACAGCGUAUUGAAAAAGAGACAAUCGCUGUGAAAAACGAUGUGAACACAGCGCUUAAUGAUAGCAGCACCGUCCGUGUUAAUGUGCCAAAUGGCAUAAAUCAUACGGCGUCCACCGUGCAGCAGCCGGCACCCAGCAAGUCGACCUUGUCAAUAUCCAAAUCCGAGCCCAACCUGAAAAUGAUAGCCGAGGAUGCUGCAUCGGAAGAUGUUGUUAUCGAUCCCGUCGUCAACACUACUACCACACCGACCAGUAAGCAGACCGACACGAAAUGGCCAUCGGUCAUCAAUCUGAAAGCCCUUCACAACGAUGAUGUCCCCGAUGUUCCGCCAGAUAAUGGUGAUAUUAUCAUAUCGGAUACGGAAGACGUCGUGCAAAUCUACAAACCUAAACUUUCGCGACCACCGUUGUACAAGAGGAUGGCGGAUAAUAUAACCAGAAAACGUCUCAGCUUGCCCAAUGGGAUACUGUAGAUACAACGAAAUGUCCGUAUAAUGUACAGACAGACUGAUAAUUUUUCAAAACGGUUGGUUCAUUUUUCAUGUGAUUUACAGUAGUACCUGACUGAAGACAGUUGUUUUCUGCAGUUCCUAACUGCCUGAUAUUGUUCACAUCAAAGAUUUGUGCACACUUUUUCAGAAUCUAUUUACCUAUUUUUAAGCACUUUAAUUAUUGAGAUUGAAAGUCUAUAAAUUAUAAUAUCUGUAGCGGCACCG